AUGCGUUCGUCGCCCCGUGCUCGUGCGUCCCCGUCUGCUUCGGGCUCUUUGCCUAGCUCUCUGAACGAUUUGUUCGUUCCCCCCUCGCCUGUGCCCGACCGGUCCCGGAAGAGCGCGCGCCUGGCGUCCCAGGAUGCUGGGUCCGUCCGCACCUUCCUCACGGCCCGUGGCGUCGUGCCAGAGAGUGAGAUGUCCAGGUCGGUGGCAAGCGCAGUCAGCGCGCACCUGCAGGCCCUCGGAACCCAGCUUCGCAAGGAUUUCCCUGCACAGGACAACAUGAACAACUGGAUAGAAAACCCAUUUGUUAUCCAGUCUCGUGGAACUAUCUUGUGA